AUGGACCUGAAGUGGAAUCCUGGCAGAGUGUCUCAUCCAGCCUCAGCUGCAGUGCGGGUGACUGAUUUGAGUUGGCGAGGCAACCUAAAUCCCAGUCUGCUGAUUAAAGAUGACGGAGAGCUACUUAUGGAUGAGUACCUUUCCCCCAGGAAACUGAAAGUUUUGACGGGGGUAGAUGAUCUGCAGCAAGUGAAGGCCCUAGAGAUGCGAGUAGAUACAAGAGAGAACAGCUUGGGGAACCUUGGUGCCUAUCUACCUAAUCUGAGAGAAUUGAAGUUGAACAAUAGCUUGCUUGUGUCUGUGAGGGAUCUUGGAACCACGUUGUCCCAUCUCCGUGUCCUGUGGAUGGCUUGCUGUGGGCUCUUGGAUUUAGAUGGGAUCUCUUCCUGCAGCUCUCUAAAAGAACUCUACAUAGCCUAUAACAGUAUCUCUGACCUGAGCCAGCUGACCUGGUUGGAUCACCUUGAGGUUUUGGACCUGGAAGGGAACAAUAUUGAGGACAUCAGCCAGAUGCAGUACCUGGGACUUUGUUGCAAGCUGAGCCGUCUGACAGUGGAGGGCAACCUUAUUUGUCUGAAGCCAAAUGCAGAAUCUGCAGAGGAACCAAAUUAUAAUUACAGAGCUGAAGUUAAAAAACUCAUUCCCCACUUGGAGUAUUUGGAUGAAAUACCAGCAAGCCAGACUGCUCUGCUUUCUUCAAAGAAGAUGCAUGAGGGUUGGCUAAUCAUCAAGAAAUCUAUCAAGGACGGUGGUUUAGCUGGAGACUUUUCAUGGUUAGAUCUGUAUCUUGGGGCAGUAGCAAGGCAGUCUGGAUGUGGCCCAAGACCCCUGACAGCUUCCAGUCCUGGCACCACACAGUGGCCUGCUAACGCAGGGAGAUCUAGCCAUGCCCGCCUCUUGUACGGUGCCUGUCCUCUUCCAGAUCCCACCGUUCCUGAUGAGCUGUUCACGGAAGAUGACUCCAGUGAUUUGACAUAUGGACUCAGUCAAGUUAUCUGUGGGAACCCCACUAAGGCCCUUCGUGCAAGGAGGCAAAAGCUGGGUCCACCUGCAGUGAGCCCUUUGAAACGCUGCGGUCUGAGGGUUGAAGACCUUUGCGGCUCUGGAGGAGAAGGAGGUCUGCACCAGGGAGAUGUGUUCUCUGAACUGAGAGUAUGGAGAGAGCAGCACAAGCGGUACCUGCAAACAGGUCAGGAAGAAGAAGUCACCCAAGCACUGAAGGUAACUCUUAGUGAUGAUGAAGAGGAUGAAGACUGUAGCCUGGCUGACAGCUGUGAAGAUGAGUUGAGGGAGACCUGUGUCUUCCUCAGGUACUGGACCUACACCUCUGGGGAAGGGUUAGCAUCGGGUAGUGACACGUGCUACUACCCCUUGGUAGGUUUGGCACGGGCUCAGGAAGGUGCAGUGUUCUCCAACCCGAACCAUUGUCUCAUUCCGUCCCCUCCAAAAAGCCCUUCACCUGCAUCUGUCAUGGGUAUUGCAGCAAGACCCUGGAAAACAAGAAACCACAGGAUAAGAUGCCUAAAAAUACCUAGCCAAGAGGAGGAUGGGCAGUGGACACAGCGAUGCCGGGCAAGGGCUCAUCAGGAAACUUCAGCCCAGCCUCUGGAUGAGGCGCUUGCUCUCCUGAGCCAGCACAGCGUGCCGGCCGCCGCCGGAUCCCGAGGGCAGGACCAGUCUGCACGGAGCACCGGCCAGCAAAGACCUAGGUCAGGACCGGGAGCUGGUGGCUCAGCAAGCAUCAGGCCCACCAUAGGCACGAGCCCUCCUGGAGAGGUCAGCCACCACCAGCCAGCUGUCUGCUCAUCCACCACAGCCUCGGAGAGGUUUGGGCUGAUGAACAUCACUUGGCCCCUGACUGCCAGGGCUGUGCUGCAGUCACUACCAGACAGACCCACCGCCUCAACAACAUCUCGGAACAAGAGCCCCUAG